AGUGGAAUAGGCAAAAACUGCAACUGACAGAUUUUUUUUUGUAUAUUUGCGAGGAAAGUUAUUUCAUGUUUUUCGUAUCAUUUUCUAUCAUUAUAGUGACUAUUUUCGUAGAAAGUGUUAGUGAAAUAUGAAUUUAGCUUUAAGGCAAGUCUUAGCGCGACAGACUUUUAGACUAUGUGACAGAGUUACAUAUAAAUGUUUACCAAAACAGAUUCCUAUAACCUCACAAUGUCCUGUUAUACAAUUUCGGAAUUAUUGCGAGGAACGAGUGGAAAGCAGAAAGUUGCCACAGCUAAUGGAGUUCCCGCCGAUCGUGUGGCCAUCAUUCAUCAAAUUCAUCAAGAACUGGAUGUUCGCUAACUUCAUCAUAAGACCGUACUUUGAACAAGAGUUCAGUUUAGCAGAGUUCAUUGAGGCUUCCAAACAUGCAGUUCAGGUUGUUUCAGAUGCCCUACAAAGGAGCGACUUCAAAGCACUGGAAGGACUAGUAGAAAAGGAUGCCAUCACAGCCCUGAAGCAAGCAGUCUCUAAACUAUCCAUGUCCCAGAGACAGAUGCUUGCUGUCGAAAAAGACGACAUAUUCUAUGCCUUCCCUUAUCAGGUGGGAGUAAUGUUUGACGAUGCAGACAAGCGUUGGGUGGAGAUCACGAUGUGCUACCAUGUCAUGAAGGGGCUCAAACAGAUGCAGGAGACGGGAGAUAUGCCCCCCAUCUCAUUAGGUGUUCAACCAGAGUACCAAGACAAAAUCUUCAUCUUGAACUACAGAUUCAUUCGUGAAUUUACCAAAGGAGUCGAAGACAGCUGGUGGGUGAACAUCGUCAACCACUUCCAGCCACAUACGCUUAUGAAAAAAUGAUACCCCAAACUUGUCUGUUGCAAAAGUCAAAAGUCAGUCCGUUGUAAAAAUAAAAAUAAAAUGCAGUUGUAAUUGUUCAUAGAAA